AUGGAGUCGGGUUUGUUGAUGAGACAAACGGCUGCUUCCAUACCGUACCUCAUAUUAUAUUUUAUCCUUCCGUUUUUGAAACCGCCGACGGCGAGAACAAUGUCCGGUUGCACCGGUUGUUACUUGCAAUGGCUAAUUGCCAUCAGUGUCAUAAACGUACUUUGUCAGUCAGGUGACCAAUCGGAAAUAAUUGUCAGAGAAAUCGGAUUUAUUAGUUUUAAUAAUUUGCCAAGCCUGUCUUUGGUACUCAUGAUAAGUCCAGACGUUAUAAUGUUGUUAACAUCAACGAUAUUUUACUUGAUCAUACAGAAAAGUUUGAGAAAAGCCGUGGAUACGAACGAUCCGCAAAAUCAAUUGUUUCUAGAACCGAAAGUUGAAGAAUUUUUCACGGAAAAAGUUGAUUAUAUAGCAUCGAAAACAAAAUUUUUAGCAUUGAUUUUAUUAUGUUUCACGGGUGCUCUGAGACCGUCUGCAUCGAACGGAGUCUACUUUAUCAUAUUUCUAGGGGGAGUGACUUGGUGGGCUUGUUUUAAAAAAUUGGGAAAAGUUUUUUCCGUCGUUUCCAGGUUGGCUUGUUUAUUUUCCGCCGUUCACAUCACGGCUCUUUUAUCAUAUCAAACGCAAUCGUUUCAAACGGUUCUAAAACCCGAUUCCCCUUUUAUAAGGUAUUUUGGUUUGACAGCUUUAAAAGUCACGGAUUGUACGGAUCCACGUAACGUUCGUUUCAAUAAUUUAGAAUGGACGUAUUAUGCGAAUCCCGUGUCGAUUCUCAUACUUUAUUUCGUUCUCGGAUUGCAAAAAUUUAAUUAUCAACCGUCAAAGAAUGCGGAAGAUGUUGUUGGAAAAGGUUUAGCACGAACAUUUUCCGAACGCCUUUCACAAAGACGUCGACUUGCGAGAAAUCCAACGAUUAAUUGGAGAACGGGAAAUCGUAAAGUCCGAGAUUCAAUAGUAACCGAUUUAGCUCGAGGCAGUUCAUGUACGGAAAAAACGCCUCUCAUAAAUUCCGUCGGACGAAGGACGAAAUACAGAGCCACUUCCGUUACGAGUGAAAAUAAAAAUGAAAAUAAUCCAAGGUCGUCAAUUAUUUCAAAUAAGGAAAGGGAUAACAUACAGUUGAAAAAUUUAUCGGUCGAAGAUUCUAUUCAAGAUUCUCCCACGUGUAUGGAAUUAGCCGUCGAUGGUUUUAUAUCACUUUGUCAACUUUUGAUACGUUCGUCGUAUAUCGCGACCAAUAUCGUCAUGAUGGCAUGGAGCAUAACGUAUCACAGUUGGCUGACGUUUAUAUUGUUAUUAUGGGCGAGCCUGUUGUGGAUGAUUCCGAAUCAGAGAAGGUCCAUGUUACGUUCGUCUCCCUACAUCGUCGUGUACGCUGAAUUUUUAUUAUUAUCCCAAUAUAUUUUCGCAAUGGAUUUAACGGAAGAAGAAUUACCCACGGUCGUAAACGAAGUCAGAUUGGAUCACAUUGGAUUCGUCAAACCCUUGAAUAAUCACAUGAGUCCCAUAUUGGUGAAAACUUUAUUCACUUUCAUGUUUUUAUUAACAAUGAGACAAUUCUGUCGGGAACGUAAAGAAGAAAAGGAAAAUAGUAAUUUGUACGAUUUGUCGGCUCCUCUUCGUUUAUCAGCGAAUACGGCGAGCGGUCCUCCUCAACCGGAAAAUCAAAAUGCGAUUUGGAUAAAAAAUUUGGGAGUUUUCGUUAAAAAAUUAAUGACGAAAUUUUGGAUUUGGGUCGUCGCCAUUUCCCUAUUCGUCAUCGGCGUCACCGGAAAACGGAUAACGGUUUUCAGAAUUGUUUACAUGGGCCUUUUCCUUUUUUUCAUACUAACGUUUCAGAUCUCGUACAGAGCUUGGCGACGAAUGAUGUACGGAUUUUGGCUCACCGUCAUCAUAUAUUCAAUGCAAUUAGAUAUCGGAUUGGAAUCAUUCGAAACGGCGGAAUUGUUUGUCAGAUUGUUGGCACCGACUUUCUUCGUCGUCAUAACGGUCGUACAACUUCAUUAUUUUCACAAAGAAUUUCUUGCCAUAUCCGAUUUGGGAAACAGAGGUGCGAGUAUUUCAAGAGGUGGAAAAGGAAGUUCCAGAUCCGAUGGUAGUUCCGUUUUACCAGAUGAAUCCGUUCUCCCGUGUUCAGAAUUGACUCCCGAUGAUGUUCCCCUUUUGGGACUGCAAAAAAUAUCAUUUAGAAAUUUAAGGCAAAUUUUACUUAACGUUGUAGAAUUAAUUAUAUUAUUUUUGGAAUUGCACAUGUUGAAAAUUGUCAUAUUUUCAAUUAUGUUACUUUGCUGUUAUAACGUGAGUAAAUUUUGUCCAACUCACAUCGUACUAGUCGUUCUAUGCAUCGUGGCUUUGAUGAUGAGUUCGAAAAUUCAAACGACCAUAACUCUCAUUUGCAGUAGUUUCAUAGCAAUAUUACUCCUUUUGACGAUGAUAUAUCAGAUACAGUACAUUCAACAAGAUGUUUACGAUGUUUUUCCCGAUUCGAAAAUCCCAUUCGUCGCAAACAAUUCCGAAUGGUUGGGUUUUAAAAAGGCGACGGAUGAAGUGAGUCUCGUUAAUUUACUCCAGGGAUACAUCGCCGUGUUUGCCGUCAUCACUUUUCAUGCCGUCAUAAACACGAGACAAAGAAUCAAUCGUCGUGAAACUGGAAGAACGCGACCGUACAUUUUAUUUCAAGGAAUAACAAGAGAAAUGGCGGAUUCCAGCGUGAAAAAUUGUUUGAAAUUUUUAACGAAUUACGGAUUUUAUAAAUUCGGCGUCGAAAUUUGUCUCAUUGCAACGGUUGGAGUCAUCGGAUCGAGAAUGGAUUUUUUCGGUUUGGUGUACGCGGCGUGGCUCCUCAUUUUAUUCGGACUCUCCCGAUCUUCCCUAUCCUACAUAUGGAACUCUUAUAAAAUUUUUAUCGCCGUUAUGAUAUGUCUACAAUAUUUGAUCGUGGUUGGUGCACCUCCUGGAUUAUGCAUCGAUUAUCCGUGGUAUUAUUCGGAAACAUUACGCAGACUUCAAGAAUGGAUGUUUUUACCCGAUCCGAUAAAACCUCCUUCGUCUUAUAAAAUUCUCUGCGACGUCAUAUUGCUUAUAUUAGUCUCGAGGCAGUCGCUCUGUUUCAGAAUCGAAAGGAGGAAUAAAUUGAAUUAUCCCGGGGGAUCGAACGAAGUCAUAAUACAAAAUUACGGAAACGUUGAUUUUGAAAAUCCAUACAUUGAUCACAUGACUUACACAAAGUCUUCAUUGGAUCUUUUAAAAAAAGGGAUUUUCUCAGCUUUGUUAUGGAUCACUUUGGCGGUGACAUUCACGGCCGGAACGAGCAGAGUUAAUAUUUUAUCAAUAGGUUACCUCAUAGGUUCUUUUAUAUUUUUAUGGCAGGGAAACGAUUUGUACUUGAGACGAAUUCAAAGCAUUUUAAAAUGGUGGAGUUGGUUGUUGGGUUACAACGUCAUCGUCAUUUUAACAAAAACCAUAUUGCAAAUAGCCGGUUGUAUUUUCAUGGAAAUCGUGCAAGAAAAUGCGUGUUGGGUCGUUCAACUGUUGGGCAUCGGUUGCAUAAAUAAAUUUGGAGAUUUGGGAACGUUGGGAACGUCGAAAGAAGCUUUGCAAUGCACGGUUCCGGAUUCGGAUAUCGGUUUAGCAUGGGACGGCCUCUGUUUCAGUUUUCUCAUAAUGCAAAGGAGGUUUUUUCACAGUUAUUAUUUUUUUCAUCACAUAGACGAAACGAAAGCCAUGACUGUGUUGCAAUCGAGGGGAGCGCAACUCAUCGAAGAACUCAGACAGCAACAAUUGCAAGAACAACAAUCGCAGGAAAGGAAAGUUUUGGAAAAGAUCCGCCAUAAAAUGGAUAGAAUAAAAGCUUCGCAACAAAAAGCGUCAAACGUAUCGUCGUAUAAACCCAGUCAUUACGAAGAGGCUCAAGCACCUUUGGCCGUGCAAAGUCCCGGUGUUAGUUCGUCGUGUUCCCCCAGGGGUUAUCACACACCCGUGUCGGAAGAAGCACCUCGUACGAUACUUCAAGUUCCCACUCCCAUAUCUGCCAUAAUGACAACCAUGGACGGAUAUUUGGAACCGCAGAGAAUGUCGUUCAGUUCUCCUCCUAAUUCAGAAUUAAAUCCCAGGUAUUCCCUUGCUGUCGCAGUAGGAAAAGUUAGACAUUUUUGCAUGGACGGGAAUUUACUACUCACAUCCUCUUAUUACUUUUCCCGUUUUUUCACCCCCGCCGUACGGAACGACGGGAACGUCUUCGAGUUACGUUCGAAACAUGACGACUCUGACUUCAUCGUCGAAUUGUCCUUGGGUCAACGUAACGCCCCGUCAUUCUAUCGUCUCGCAUCACCCCUCAUCUCCCCCAUUAUUACAUCAUCCGACGCAAUAAGAGUCGAUGUACGUCCAAAUAAGCUGGUUUCGAUUCGAUCGGGAGAUUAUUACAUGUUUGAGGAUAUAGACGACGAAGAAUUGGAUUUGAUAAAAGAAGACGAAGAUGAAAGUUCAUCUUCCGAGGGAGACGAAACGGAUGGAAAGAAAAGAUUUACAAUGAGCAAAUUUUUAAGCACGGCAUUGAAAACGGAUAUAACGAAAGCAGCCGAUCAAGCUUUGACAACGGAAGAAAUAAUAACGACGCGACCCGCGAGACCGAGGAGAGCCUCGAUGCCGGCAUCCAUGCUAUUGAGAAAAUCAUCGAUGGGGAAAAAAGUUGGGGGUCCGUCUUCGGUAUUGAGCGCACCUGCGGGUCCGAGUACAGGUUUUUUCAAAACGAGAAAAGAUACCGUACGAUUAUUUUAUUUUGUUUCCCGAAAAAAAAAAAUACGUAGUAGCAUAACUUUACCCUCGGAUCCUUCCAGAUCCGAUCCACAACAACCUCCGCAACAAUCGUCCGGCGAUAAGGGUGAUGAUGAUUAUUCGGAUGACGGUUUCAAAUAUGUCACAUCGAAAGCAGGUAUACGCAUAAACGAAACAAAACGAAAAGAAGAAGAACAAACAACAAACAACAAACAUGUUUUUGUUUCAGUCAAAGAAAAGAUAACGCAAAAAUUAUGGCAAUCGUUCAAAGUUUUAUGGGCGUUCGUGGAAAGCGCAAUGGUGUCAAUGAUAAGAACUUUGAAUAAAAUAUCAAAGGAUUAUCGUUACGUCGUCCGAGUUUUGGCACAGGAAAAACGUGACGUCAAGGAAAAUGAAGAAUUUAAAAAGGGAAGUCGUUUGGAAGUGUCGAAAGUUUGGAAACCGGAUAAGGAAAUUCUUUUACAAUUGGGAGAAAUAAUUACGGCCACAAGUCCGGGAGAGAGCAUUGGAAGAAGGGGUUCCGGAGAUGAAUCCACAACGAUCGUCAUGGACUCGCCGAAAGAGGAUAAAGAAAGGCUUAACAGACCUGCAUUGUCAACGAUAACAGAAAGCGAGGAUCAAGAUAUUGAAUCGGAAGUAACCGAGAGGCCACGUUUGGGCAGGACUGACUCUCUAUUGCCGGACAUACGAAUCAUAGCACCAAGUCAAGAAAGAGGACUCGAUUACGACUACUUUGUGUAUGAUAAAAGUCAUUGCGUCAUCAAUUUUUUAAAUAGGUCGUUGUUUGUUAGUUUGUUGGUCGUUUGUUUUUCCGAAUCCUGCAAAAAUUUUCCGCGCAGCUCCGACACGGAUACGGGUAGGGAAGAAUGGAGCGCCGCGAAUUCUCCAAUAUGGCUUCAACUCAUGCUGGCGUCCUGGUACGCCAUCAUUUCUCAUUCGGAAUUGGUUUGUUAUUUCGUCAUUUUCCUACAUCAGAUAAAAUCUCCGACGCUUUUGUCACUUCCUCUUCCCCUCAUGGUUUUCCUAUGGGGAUCCCUCACGAUGCCGAGACCGACGAAAACGUUUUGGAUCACUCUCAUUGCUUACACUGAGAUCGUGGUAAUAAUCAAAUGCAUGUUUCAAUUUGAUCUUUUGCCGUGGAACCAGACUCUGUCACCGGAAAACAAUCCAUUUUAUCCUCCUAGAAUAAUAGGGGUUGAAAAAAAACCCUCGUACGCGUCCUCGGAUCUUUUACUAUUGCUGAUUAUAUUUUUCCACAGGUACAUGUUAAAAAGUCUCGGAUUGUGGAAAAGCACACAGGAAGACAUUUUAUUAUCGCACGUCGAAUCCGGUUAUAAUUUUCACGAAUUGAUUCGCGUCGACGAAUCGAAAAACGUACCGCCCACCAUCUUGAGGAAAAAAAAAUUCAUGGACGGAGGAAUUCAUUCGUCCGGUCAUAUCAAAACGGAAUCGCAAUUCAAUUUGAUAAACGAAGGACAAGACGACACGUCCGAGGGGGAUUCGUUCGAUAAGAAAAGCGAUAUUUACGGCGAAAACAAUGAAACUCACGAAUCGACAACGGACGGUGGGAAAAUGGAAAAAUUUAAAAAAAGUUUUCUUUGCAUAACAAAGGGAGGAGGAGACGAGAGUGAAAAAACCGAAUAUGAAAAAUCUUUGUAUCCGAGACACUCCGAAGCCUUCGAGAAAUUUCCAACUUAUUUUAACGAAGCUCGAGCGCAAUAUUGUUCCACGACGAAAAAUUUCUUUUCACAACUUUUGGAUACCGGAAGUAGAUUGAGUGCCGACGUGUACGCUUACAUGUUCAUUUGUGAUUUUUUCAAUUUUCUCGUCGUACUCUUUGGAUUUUCCGCAUUCGGAACUCAGCAAGGAGAUGGCGGAGUGUCGGCUUAUUUGGAAGAAAAUAAAGUACCCGUACCGUUUUUACUCAUGAUGAUUCUUCAAUUCGGUUUGAUCGUCAUCGACAGAGCUUUGUAUUUGAGAAAGUACAUAUUGGGAAAAAUUAUUUUUCAAUUCGUUUUAGUCAUCGGCGUUCACCUAUGGAUGUUUUUCAUACUUCCCGCCAUAACGGAACGGCCUUUCAAUCAAUUACUACCUCCGCAAAUGUGGUACACGGUCAAAUGUUUUUACCUUCUCAUGUCCGCAUAUCAAAUACGAGCGGGUUAUCCGACGAGAAUUCUGGGAAAUUUCCUUUGUAAAAAAUACAAUUACAUAAACAUGUUUUCCUUUAGAGGUUUCAUGGCUGUUCCGUUUCUCUUUGAAUUGCGCGCUCUCAUGGAUUGGAUUUGGACGGAUACGUCUAUGACGUUGAGCGAUUGGUUAAAAAUGGAAGAUAUUUUUGCGCAGAUAUUUCAAUUGAAAUGUCAGAGAAGAGCAGAAGCCGAGUAUCCGUUACCGAGGGGAGAACGUAAAAGUCCACUUUCGAAAUAUUUACUCGGCGGAGCGGGUUUGUUUUUGAUCAUCGCCAUUAUUUGGUUUCCUCUCGUUCUUUUCGCACUUGGAAACACGGUCGGAGAAUCCAACAUUCCCUAUGACGUCACGAUAUCCCUACGAAUCGGCGCUUAUCAAUACAUAUACGAAAUGUCGGCGCAAAAUAACACGAUUUACAAAUAUUCCGAACAUGAAUUCGAUACGAUAACAAACAUGUAUAAGAAAAAUCGAGAUCGAGAAGCCGUCACGUUUUUAUCAAAUUAUCAAUUCGACGAUGUCGCUGUAGUCAAAUUAAGCGGAAAUUCUACGGUCGUUUGGGGUAUAUCACCCCCGGAUCGAGAGCUUUUGCUUCAAGAAGUCGAAUCGAGUGAGUCAAAUUCUACAAAAUCCUUUUCAGAUCAAACGGUAUCGAUAAAAUUCAGUUGGAGAGUGUCGAGAGUGAACAACAAUCCGGAAACCGUUGGUGUCGUCAUGGGCGAGAGACAAAUUUUCUUGCAACCUUUCGUGAACGGGGAAAGAAAUCCGAAGCGAAUAGAAUUAUCAAACAUGUUGAAAACAUCGAAUUCGUCGCAAACCCCCGUCGUCAUUGAAAACAUUUUGCCCAAAUUUUUAAAAAUAACAAACAAGGGAAACGCGGAUCCCAUAUCGAAAUUAAUGGCCGGCGACAGAGACAACGCUACUUUUAGAAACAUAUCGAUCAGUUUGAAAACGGGAGAAUCCAACAUUGGCAUAACACAACAAUGGUGGGAAGUGAGGGAAACGUGCGACGAUGAAAAUUACAAAAACAUUUUAUCGCGUUUGCCAUUGAACGAAUGCAAUCUUUUCCUAACGAUGUUCACGUUUAACGAUAAAGCAUUUCCGGCAACUCUCAGUUUCAUAUCCGGAAAAGGAAUCAUCGGACUUUACGUUUCCAUCGUAUUCGUCAUGUGGACUUUGGUCCGAGGAUUUUUCACCGGAAUCUCAUUUAAAAUCAUGUUUGACGACAUGCCCAACGUCGAUCGCAUUUUGCAGUUAUGCCUCGACAUAUAUUUAGUAAGAGAAAGUAACGAAUUUGCUCUCGAAGAAGAUUUAUUCGCCAAAUUGGUUUUCCUAUAUCGAUCACCGGAAACGAUAAUUAAAUGGACGAAAGAAAGGAGAGAAAUCGAAGACGAUGAAGAUGGCGCCGAUGGUAGUCAAUUACCCUGGGUCGAAAAUUAA